AUGUCUUCAGAUUUUGAAGCCUAUGAACAGGACUUUGGAACCCUGACAGCAGAAAUAACCAACAAAAUUGGAAGGAUUCCCAAGUUAGGUGGAGAGGAGAAGACACAGCUGGUUCUAAAUGUCGACAAACAGCUCGAAGAAGUCAGAGAGUUGAUGGAGCAGAUGGAUCUGGAGGUGCGUGAGCUCCCCAUCCAGAGCAGAGGCAUGUACCAGAGCAGACUGAAGAGCUACAAGGGGGAGAUGGACAAGCUGGAGAAAGACUUUAAAAGGUCACGUAUCGCCUACAGUGAUGAGGUGCGGAACGAGCUCCUGGAAGACGCUGGCUCCUCUGAGAGUCAGAGAGCACAUCUGUUGGAUAACACAGAGAAGCUGGAAAGGUCAUCUCGGAGGCUGGACGCAGGCUACCAGAUAGCAGUGGAAACCGAACAAGUUGGCCAAGAGAUCCUGGCUAACCUACACACUGACCGCGAGAAGAUCCAGAGAUCCAGAGAUCGGCUGAGAGAGACAGACGCCAACCUGGGCAAGAGCUCCCGCAUCCUAACCGGCAUGCUGAGAAGAAUCAUCCAGAACAGAGUCCUGGUCUUCGUCCUCGGCGCCAUCAUCCUCAUCACCAUCAUCCUGGCUAUCUAUUUCAAUGUGCGAGGGCACUGAUCUCCCUAAUUCUCUCUCUCUCUCUCUCACACACACACACACACACACACACACACACACACACACACACACACCAGGCGUGAUUAAUAGCGACAAAAGCAUUGCUCUGGAGUAAUUAGGACAAAUGGUUCCAAUGAAUCACUUUCCAGGCCAUGACAGGGGUCUCUCUCUCUCUCUCUCUCUCUCUCUCUCUCGCCCCCACAGUUUUUGUUCUUUUGUUUUUGAUAUUAUUCAUGGUGUUGUCACCGGACUGUGUUUGAUUGGAUCCAUCUUUCCCCUGGGUAGAGAGAGAGAGCCUAUGGGGAAUUCAAAUAGUUUAGAUGUAAAUCCUGCACUACUUCCAUGGUCUAACCUAAGGUGUCCGCAGUCCCUUUUCUGUGUGUGUGUGUGUGGGUGCUUGUCUAUCUGUACGCAGGGCUUUCCUCUCCCUCUCUGUCAGACCAACUUUCAAUCCAUCUAGUGUAUUAGGCGCUAGACUCAACUCUGAUUAACAUGGGGGCUUACUACAUGCGUCCACAGUCACACACACACAGCCUCCAGGUACAAAGGACAGUACCUUCAAAUAAGAGGUGGUAGUCCGUCACCUCUUUCCACCCGGUUGGGCCCAAAUAUGAGAUCUACAUUCGUAAAUGGAAGACUUAUUCGACUUACAGAAAACGCAUGAAAAGGUUUGCUUCUGUUUUGACUCAAGGAAGGAGACCCUGUUUGAUUUGUCUGUCCUCUCCACAAUAUUCACUCGUAUCAUUGAUAUCAGACUGUGUUUGAUCUCAACGUUGUCCAGAUAUUUUGUUCAUACACACAUGACAUUAAUAUAGAAUUGAUUGUAGUAGUCCACAUACUGCACUAACUGGCAAAUCUACAUAAAUUGUACGCAGAGAAAAAAAAGGCUUUUAGGUUUUUCAUAUUACCAGUAAUUCUGUUACUAUUUAUUUAUAUACAUUGUUUGAGAAUUGAUGAUUUAUUUUUGUUGAUUAUCAUUAAGUGUACAUUUUAUGGUGUCUAUUGUAAACGUAACCUGACGCAAACCAAUGGUCUUUGGCCAGCGAAUCACAUGACAUGUAUAGUUCGUAUUUCUCCAGGACCAGAUCAUUCAUGGAUUGCUUUGAUUGUGUGUGAAUUCAGACUUAAGUCAUUUUUAAUAUGAAUGAAAUUGCUCUGUUGUCCUAUCUAAAUAUUGUUCUUAUUUCUUCGGUUUUGUCCAGAGUUGUAAUGAUGAAAAUGUUUAUGUAGAGCCUUUAACCCAAACAGCUGAUAUGUUGUUGCAUGUUUUUACCAACUCCCAAUACUACGUGUGUUUCAGUCCAGUUUGGAAGGGGAGUGCCAUUCUACUGUAGGUGGACAGAGGAAGAUUGUUGUGUUUUAUGUGCAAAACCCGAGAGGCGCUGCAAAGGGACUGUUUGUGUGUCCUGUCUGUCAUUAGGGCAGAAUGAUGCUCUCAUUAGCCCUGUAACACACACAUUGCUCACACACAAACAUACUCUCAUUAAAACAUACACAGGUACCCCCCAUGUCCUCCACCGACAGACAGACAGAAGGCCGGUGGUCUGCCUGGCUCAGGCCAGACGGCCGCCUGCCUCCGUGCGGCAGAACGAGAGAGAGAGAGAGGCCAUUUGCUAUUCCGUUUCAGGACAAGCCGGUUGUCUUAUUUUGGAAGCGGGGGCUUGUUGGGGGAGGGGGCUUUCUCCGCUACCCCCCCCCCAGCCGCCCGGCGGCUUCAAAGGUUCAAAUUAAUGACCAACAAAAUAGUGGCUCCCCAUCCAUCCCACGUGGGCCAUCCACUGGCCGAGUUAUCAUUAAGUUGAGGAAUAAUGAAAGAGUAAAAAAAGAGGAUAAGGAGAGGAAACGAGGAGGAGGGGAGAAAUCCCUGCCAACCUCAUCAGAUAAUCACCUGUGUUGGUUUUGGUUUUUCCAUCAAAAGGAAGAACAGGUGGAGGUGUGUAUCAGGAUCUAUACCUGGAGGUUGGUGUAUAUGAGCCAAACAACUGAUUAUUGUGUGUACCUAUCUGGAGUGCCUACGUGUGUUCGUCCUCUCUCCUCGGUCCCUUCCUCCCUCCUCUCUCCACCCCCACCCGUCCUCCCUCCUCUCUCCACCCCCACCCGUCCUCCCUCUUUCCCUCACCCCUGUCUUCCUCCCUCUCUCUCUCUCUCCCAGCCUGUCAGGGUGAGCUGAGUUGUAGCGCUGCCGCAGCCUCCCUUCUGCCGUGCAGUGUGGCCGCGGCAGGCAGCGUGGCCACGGCAGACAGCGAGCACGGCUCUAUUUGAAGUUGUAAUGGUGUCAAAAAGUCAGGGCUGACAGACAGCUGUCAGUCCCACAGGGCCUCAUUAAAAACAGACCCACUUGACAAGGAAAUAAUUGAGCGUCGCCGACAACCCUGCCUGGGCUCCGUUUAGAUGUUUGUAUUUUGUUUCAUUAUUAUUUCUGGCUAUUAUGUUCAUUAGGAAAUGGCAUUAAACAACUUUAGAUAAAGGGGGAGGGCUAAUGAUUUGUUUAGAGGGGGGAGUAUUAUUUAACAGGAGGCCUGUCAUAUGAUUCCUUGGUUUGGCAGAUGCCUGGUAUCAUCUGCCAGAACUCUCCUUUUUUUAGUCUACUUUCUCUUGUUCUCCUUUUUGUCUGCCCAUCCUUCCUUUUUUCCCAGCCCUCUUAUAUCUCUCCAUCCCUCCUUCCUUCCGUUCCCUCUCUCUUUCUCUCUCUCCUUCUCUCCCUCCGAGCAGCGGGUGCCUUUAAAGUACGAAAUAGAUUAUUCAUUACCCCCUUUCUGUUCUUUGUGACUGAUUUGGUUUUCGACGAGCAUCUUGCCACGAAGAGAAGGAUGAAAAAUUGUCAAAAAUAGGUUCUAUCUUAUUCCAAGGGGCAACAAUAGCAGCAGGUACAGACACCUUUUAAUAUUUAAUUAAGCCCAGUGUUAACCCACCUCAAGUGACUAGAGGUGUGUGAGCUCCAUACAGACAGGGAGAGAGAGGGGAGGGAUUUUUUGGGGGGGUGAUUAGUAAUUGGAUGUCUAAAGCCAUUUAAAUGUGUUUGCUUCUCUCCGAUCGCUAGACAGGCUCGUGUUUUAUGUCCCUGUCCAUUGUCAUAUGAUCAUUGUCUGAGGGGCUGGUGAGUUCGUCAUGUCCAAGGCUGAAUAUGCUUUUUAAGGUUUUGGAGAUGUGUCUACCAUUUAGGUUUGAGUCAUCUCUUCUUCCUUAUGCAAGAGCCAUUUAUGCCACAUUUGAAAAAUCGGGAAAACUACGUCUCCUGGUGUUUAAUACACAAACAAGGGGUCCUCUCGAAAACCGGUAAAAGGGGAUAAUUGUUCCCAGGACGAGUAAACUUUUCGGCAGCGGCCCCUUCCGGUACAAAAUCCUGCCGUUUGUCAGCCGUUUAGGCGGACAGGAAUUGUGACAGGGAGCGUUUGAGCCGUUGUCCCUCUGAAAGACGCACCUUAAACGGGAUAGUUAAACAACUCCGACAGUGGGAUCACGAUGGGAGGGCAGACGUUUUAUCUCCCAGAGAGUCUCCGCUGUGAGGGACGCCCACCCGCAGACCAGCGAGCCGAAGUCCACAAUGACACCGUUUGACAAUAGGGAUGAGUCUGCAUCUGUAUCGACUGUCCACACAAACGCAGACAAAAAUACAUUACACACGCAUCCCUCUCUACUGUCACACGUGCUGGAGCAACCCCCUAAACCCCCUUUCAUUCUAUGAUAGUAGAGAGAGGGCUACAGUAUGUUCCCCCUUUCAUUCUAUGAUAGUAGAGAGGGCUACAGUAUGUUCCCCCUUUCAUUCUAUGAUAGUAGAGAGAGGGCUACAGUAUGUUCCCCCUUUCAUUCUAUGAUAGUAGAGAGAGGGCUACAGUAUGUUCCCCCUUUCAUUCUAUGAUAGUAGAGAGGGCUACAGUAUGUUCCCCCUUUCAUUCUAUGAUAGUAGAGAGAGGGCUACAGUAUGUUCCCCCUUUCAUUCUAUGAUAGUAGAGGGCUACAGUAUGUUCCCCCUUUCAUUCUAUGAUAGUAGAGGGCUACAGUAUGUUCCCCCUUUCAUUCUAUGAUAGUAGAGAGAGGGCUACAGUAUGUUCCCCCUUUCAUUCUAUGAUAGUAGAGGGCUACAGUAUGUUCCCCCUGUUUGUACCAGUCCAAGUAGAAUGGCUUUCUUCUUUUUUCCCUCCCUGCUCUUCUCUUUUAAAUCAUCCAACGCUGUUGUUUAUUUUAAUGGUGUUUACACGCACAAAGACAUGACAAUGGCCCUAUUCUCUGCGGUAGGUCACAGAGCUACAGCCGUGUCUAGAGCACCUACCCUUGUGCUUGUGGGCGAAAAGAUGGAGCCGGAAUAGUGCAAUGGCGAGUGCAGUUGGUUUGCGUGUCGUGUGUGCAUGUUUCGGUCGGUGUUCAAAAUGUCCAUCAAUAGUGUAAGUCUAGUAUCUUGAUGAUCAAGUCCGAGCAGCUGAACUCAACAUUGUGUUGCUUUUCAUACUUUUUUGGGGGGGUGUUUAGUUUCUCCUCCCUCCCCCCCCGAGACAUUUUUGUGCUUUCUGUAGAUGUGAAGAACAUUUGUGUUGUCAUUAAAGCAGUAUUGCAUUUCAACAACAAA